UGGAUUGUGUUUGGCAUCUCCUGCAUUCCCAGGCAACAACACUAUAUUGAAAUGUUAACUGGUGCAUUUUUUUUUAUUAAAGAACAUUUUGCAAAGUAACGUGCAACAGCUCCAAGUAUAUUGCAUGAAAGAUUCUUCCCGGGUUUGAAAUAAAGUUCCUUCAAAAUGUAGACUACAAUUCCCACAAUGCUUUCUUCUCCAGCAGGAAGAACGUGAUGACACGCUGAGAAGUUUGGAGCUGGUGAACUCAGCUCCGGCCGAUCAUGUAGCUGCAGCUCCGUAAUUACCGAACAGCUUUUUGCAUUUGCAAAUCUUCCGCUGCUUGCAGCUUGCUUCCGAGUUAUGCAAACGGCCAUUCCCUCUGCAUAGCUCGCAGCUGCAAAAAAAUCGCUCAGGAUUCCCAGGUGGAUGAAAAUUGGGAAGCAGCAAGCUUUUGCAUCUUUGUUGCAAAGCUGAAAAGGCAAAGUCUUUUGUGAUCCCCUCCCCCUCCCCUCCCAGCAGGGGGAAAAAAAAGAAAAAAAUGUCGCUGUCAAAAGGAGGAUAUCCUAAUCCAUGACACAGCCAACUAGACAAUGCCGGAGUGUAGUAGUGUUGUUCAGGUAAGAAAAAGAGCAGGGGACUGAAGUUAUCGAAGGAAGUUUUUGAGCAACCACAGGCCAGCCCCACUCCACCGAGAGACCUGGAUUCAAAGGCCUGUAUUGCUAUAGGUGAGAAGAAUUUCGAAGUGAAAGCCGAUGACCUGGAGCCGUUAUCGGAGUUGGGCCGCGGUGCGUACGGGGUCGUCGAGAAGAUGCGGCACACACCCAGUGGUACACUAAUGGCUGUCAAGAGGAUCCGUGCCACCGUGAAUAGUCAAGAGCAGAAGCGGUUGCUGAUGGACCUUGAUAUUUCCAUGCGCACAGUAGACUGUCCCUUCACUGUUACCUUCUAUGGAGCACUUUUUCGUGAGGGAGAUGUGUGGAUUUGCAUGGAGCUAAUGGACACUUCGCUGGACAAGUUCUAUAAACAAGUGAUUGACAAAGGAAUGACUAUCCCGGAAGAUAUCUUAGGAAAAAUCGCAGUUUCUAUUGUGAAGGCUUUGGAACAUCUUCACAGCAAGCUGUCUGUGAUUCACAGGGAUGUGAAGCCGUCCAAUGUCCUGAUUAACGUCCAAGGCCAGGUUAAGAUGUGUGAUUUUGGCAUUAGUGGCUACCUCGUAGAUUCAGUAGCUAAAACCAUGGAUGCGGGUUGCAAGCCAUACAUGGCCCCAGAGCGAAUUAACCCGGAGGUGAAUCAGAAGGGCUACAGUGUCAAGUCUGACAUCUGGAGUCUGGGAAUCACCAUGCUUAAAGAAAAAUUCCAAAGACAGACCAACCUAUGCAGAACUUAUGCAACAUCCCUUCUUCACACUGCACGAAUCCAAAGACACGGAUGUGGCAUCGUUCGUGAAGCUUAUUUUGGGAGAUUGAAAGAUUCCCGUACAAUACAACGGCUUCUGCCAUUGGUCCAUCUACACGUUCUGCUUUGGGAUGAAGUCACAGGAUAUUUUCUGUCAGUGUUGAUCUUGGAAAAUAUAUCAAGAGUUUUCAGAGUAACUCUGGCCAUUGGCAAGAACGGGGUGGGGGGAAAUCUUUAGUAAACUUGUGCAGCUGAAAAGAGAGAGCCCAGUAUCUGCUCCUCUAGAUGUCUGAGUGGUACUGUGGAGUCCUUUGAAAAACCUUUGUCAAUAAUUUUCGACUGACUUGCAAAAACCAAUAAUUGGGAGUAGGUUCUUUUUUUUAAUAAUUUGUUUUUUUUAAUUUAAGUGAAUAGUGGGUUAUGUUCUCAUAAUUAAUUAUCUGCAAAGCCUUCACUGUGUGACUGUGAUGAAGACUUGCAUUGCCUCAGACUUUGGUCUCUUAAAGGCCACGUUAGCUUCUGAAGUUGUAGAAUUUUGAUGCAAGGCUGCAUUUUGUGUGCAAGUGUGUGUGCGUGUAUUUUUAAAUAGGUGCACUGAAAAUUGCGUGAUUGCAGGCAAACCAAUGGGUGUGAAGGCAACCAGUUUAAAUGGGAGGUGCUAUGGUGGAGCCAGCUUUUGGCUUAACACGUCUACCCCUUCCUUUGCCUACGUAUGGUGUGACUUUUGUUUGUGUAUAAAUAAUGUGAUGUGUAAAUAUAUGCUCACUUCCAUAAGAGUAACUCUGGACACACAGAGGUAAUGAUCCACCCCCAUGAAUUGUACUCCGGACCGACUAGUUCCAUGCAGUCAACAUCUAUCUGAAUCUUUUUUGUAUUUUCACCAACAGUGCUAAAUCCUGCACUAACAAAAAGUGAUAUCCCUAUAAAAUGUAAUUUAUUUUUAAAAGAAAAGUUCAGAUGUUAGUUUAUUCAGCCUAAUAUUGUAUAGUGUGCACAUCCAACUAAUUUUUGCGAGUAGUAUUUUAUUAAGUGGUUAGGAUGAAGAUUGUAUUUUUACAUAAAACUUGUACAGGUCACCUAAAGGCUGAAGUAGAUUUUAAUAAACCCAUAAUUUAGUUAUUUUGAAAAUCAAGAUAUUUUUGAAUUGCUUUUGCUUUUAAAGAGAAAGGGUGAGAAACUGAAUGUUGUGAAUUUCUGGCCCAUAUAGUACAAACCUUACAGGAAAGAUUAGUUCCUUAAAACUCAGCUGCCCUUCCUUUUACUGGUUAUAAUGGUGUCAAUGUCUUUUCAGCUGUCUUGGACUGUGUAGGAAAGAAAUAUUUUCGUCAGCAACUACUCAAUUAAUUCCUGACGUCCGCUAACUUGGGUAUUGCCAUCCGUGCCAAUAGUAGCCAAUCCUUUGUGAUAAGAGAGUGAUCUGUUCUUCCCAAUGAAUGGAAUGACAUGCAGAACACAUUCAAUAGGGAAAUUCCAAGUCUGAAUGUUUGUUUCAAGAAACUGUGAUCCUGAGGUGUCUCCUUAUUGGAAAAUUAAAUAUUCUAAUAUUACAGCUUCUAAACUCCUCUCCUAAGAUUAUGUUCCUUGUCACUAAUUUUUCUUCCAUCCUCACUUGAUCAAUUCAACUGGGGUUCCACAGCCACUGUUACUCUCACCAGUCAAACAGCUGUAUUUACUGUCUCGGUUGUCCACAGAUUACUGUCUUCCACUCUUUAGUAAGUUAGGAAUACUUCUCGUCCGCUGAGGUGGAGUGCAUCACUUUUGUGAGGUGCUAUCAAAGAUCAUUUUUCUAACUUUUGGUUUUUCAUACGAGAAUGGGGUGCAUUUUAGCAGUGGUGUUAUCCCAACACUAAUAGGUAUUGAUCAUGAAUCCUGUAUUGAAAUCUUGUUAUUGACGCUAAGGAGAACUGUUGCAGUCUCACUUGACACUGGGAAGCACAGAAUUAGCUGUGUGACAUAUAGAUGGCAUCUCAAUGAUUUUGCAUUUGGAAUCAAAGUCCAUUGUUGGAGCAGUUCUGGGUGCCAUUUCUGUUCCACUGUUUCCUGAUGCAGGAGCUGGAAGGAAAUAUUGUUCUGAACCGUGUUAACAGUCCCUCAGAACUGCUGUUGUGUCAGUUUUAUAGAUUAUUUUAGUGCCCAAGAAAUAUGAGCAUUUAUCUCUUGCAUUGAUUCUGUUCAUCAAAAGCUGUUUAAGUUUGAAAAUGGCAAUAUGCACCAGUGCUUGAAUGUUUUGGAUAGAGCAGCUUGAAAUUCCAAAAUCCCCAAUUGUUUGCUACUGUUCUCAGAACAGUUUGGAGACAUGUUAACCUCAGAAGAUAUUCUUGUCUUGGGGAAUCCUUAAAAGCCCUCUGAAGGUGCUGCAUCUCCUUUUAUUUUGAAAGGCAGUGGGAGAAAUAUAACUUUUUUUUUGAAGAGGUAGCUUCACUUUUCAAUAGUUUCCCUUUGGUAUUUUGCCCCACUUUGACUAACUGAAGUAAAAUCCUCAACUACCUUGUGGUGUGGAAUUAAAGUGAUGCACUUCAGUCCUGGUGCCUUUGAAGGGUUGGUUAACCAUUUCAUUAUUUCUUAUACUUCAGCCUUUGUGUACGUCAUACUAAUGUGACAUUUUGUUUUAAUUAGAGUGACAAAGGAACAGGGCUAAAAUUUUGCUCGGUGCUGGCAAUUUUAAACCAAGUGUGUUAACUUACAUCAACAGCAAGAGUCUAAGUGGCAUUUUACAUUUGCCUAAAUUUGCUAGAGAGGAAUAGUAAGAGUUAAUAUUUAAAUAGGGCUCUGUAUUCUUUGCAGAAAACUGAACGCUCAUACAGCUGAAUCAGGUUAGCUCUUCACCUCAGGUCUAAUCUCAUUUAUAUGUCUUCAGUCAAAACAAGGACAUCUAUUGCUCCUGGCUGAAUUCAAAGAGAGAGAAAAACUCUGCAUUCCACUCAGAUUCCAAAAUUUCCCUGAAAUUGUAAAGUUCCCUAUUGAUUGCAUGCCUGAACAGAUGAGAGUAUCAGUCUACUCUUGGGCUACCGUGCACAUAUAUGAGCUGUGGCUUGUGUAGAUUGUGGGAUGAUCCACACUUUAUUUCCUAAAGAACCUGAAUCUCCACUGACUAACCACAUGGAUAAGUAAAUUUCUCUUGAAUCCAGGGGUGCUAUUUCUGAUGUUCAAUCAUCUCUUUACUCCAAUUUUUCCACCUCACCCUAAUUUCUCAUGAAGAUCCAAAACUGACGUGGCUAAUAUUUUUGUUCUUGGUUGACAAUCUCAAGAUAUCUUCUAGAGUGUGCAGUGUUUCUGCCUAUAUUAGUGGUUGGAUGUGUGAUGGUAAAUGAAACUAUUACAACUAGUUAAAUGUUGAGUUGAUUUAAAGACCCUAAAGUGGCAUUUCUGUCUUGUUCCAUACCUUGACUUUGAGAGCUAAAGUUUUCAAAUUGAAGGUCAGCAAUGAUCUACCUAUGAUCUUCAUCAAAUCAAUUAAAUUACAAACCAGGUGACUGGUUCACUGGGCAAGUUGAGUUUGUAAACUAUAUUUGUGAUAUGAGAAAUGUGCUGAAGAAUCCAAAACUGCAGGCAGGGUAAGUGCAUUGAAGAAUGUGACAGUGUAUCAGUCACUGGGACAUCACGCUGAACACUUUUUUUUUUCUCCCCCCCCACCCACCCACCCAGUCUCCAGCCUCUUGCACCAUCGAAUCGAUGCUAACUUUAGCUCUGGGUCAUUGAGCCAUUAAUUUUUUUUUUACAACCUGUAGAUGUUUGUUUGGACAAUGUUGUGCAAGUUGGUAGAACUUUCUCUGUGCUGCUAAAACCCAUCUAAGGUUUAACCACGUUAAUAGUACAAGCUCUUCUGAGUGACCCUUUGCUUUGCAGUCUGUUGAAGGGGUAUGUUUAGUCAUAUGCCAUUGGUUACUGUGAUUGCAUUUUAAUCUCAUCAGCCUCAUGAGUUUAGAUUUAUUAUUAAAUAUGUGGGUUUGAGAUGAUUAAGGUGAAAAGCAUUUCUAAAUGCUUAAACUGCUUUACAAUUUGCAUGUGAGUUGAAAACCAGGCAGAACUUAGCAGCCCUCUAUGGAUCUUGUUUCCUAAACAUUUUGGUUUGAGUGUGCGGGUGUGCAUGUUUAUAGUGUUAAAUAAGCUUGUCCUUUUCAAUGUACAUGUAGGCAAAUGUACUGCACAACUUGUUUGAGUUCACUUAUUUAUCAUUGGUGUAAAAUUUAGCUUGAUUUAUUUGAUAUCUGGAGGAUGUGCAUUGAGCAGGGGAAGUGGAAAUGAGAAAGUAAAGGUGCUUUAUUCCUUUCCAAUGGUGACCUGUCUUUCCAAGAAGUUAUUAUCAUUUACUGUUAAGUUAUGGGAUAUUGGUAGCCAAUGAACAGUUGGGUUCUGCUGAACGUGAAGCUCCAAUGUGAAAAUAUCCACUUCUGGUUGAAUUUUGUUUCUGCUCUGUUUUGCCCUGCCCCUCACAAGAGACUAGUUGAUAAUUGCUCCUGCAGUUAGUUUGUUGGGUGAGAGGAUUCUUUCGCUGUUUUGCCCCUUCUCAGUCAGCCAGAACAGGAGAAGCCUCUUACCUUGGAGCGGAAGAGAGGAGCAUGAAUAUUUCUUUUCACUGAGCUUUCAUAUUAUGCGUGCUGCUGUGAUCGAAAUGCUGAACCAUUCUCCUCGCCUGUCCUCCCACCAGAAUCACAAUGAGGGUGGGAGAGGGCAGCAUGAGGGGAGAACGAAUUGGCUUUAAGACUGUGACCAUUGUAGAGCAGCCUGAAACAUUUAAUACAGUAGACCUCUGUGAGAGGUUAUACCUGAGCACUACACUGGGGAGGUAAAUAAAAGGUUGUAAAACUAUUUAUUUACAAGCGAUCAAGAGGAUGGAAGUAAUACUUUUAACAUCUGAAGUGAUUCGAGGGCAGACUCAGAGCUGAGAUCUGGUUUUUAAAUCACUGAUAAAGCAUUUGGAAUGUAGUUCACCUCCUAGAGAGGUCCCUGUGUGGAAUCUAGGGGUCUACUCACUUCUUGAAAACUGAAUUGCCAUUUGCAGCAGAGUCUGAUGGUAAAGGGCGGUGCAAUGAUAUAUAUUGUUAUUUAUGAUAAUCUGAUUAUUUAUUUUUAUUGGGGACUGACUGUUACUGCUUCUCUCUGUUGAUCAACUCAGUAAUGCUCCUGCCACUCUUUCACAAUCUCUCAUUGAAGUCCUCAUUUUUCGCUUGGCCCGAGCUGAUAAUAUCAGCCACGCUGUGGCCUGACAGGAUCACAAGACAUAAAAGCAGAAUAAUUCUUGCCUCCUCACCGUAAUAGCAUAAUAGUAGUCACGAUGCUUUCUCUUCUGGAGGUCUUCGCUGGUAUUGUCACCCCUUGAUGAGGUCUUGAGGAGCUGUACAGCUCAGAGCAGUUUAUUAUUUAGUGUGGUUACUUUCUGUGAAGGGGUUUGUCUGCUUUCAACCUCCCACCACCACACCCCCGUCCCCGAGAGAUGGGGUGAUCACAUUUCUUGUAGAGCAAAUACACCACAAGAGCUUUGAACAUUAAUACCUUAGAGCUAGUGGCCAGGAGAGCCAUCUGCCGAAUGAUAAAUGAGGGAAGCCGUGUGUUUCUUUGAAUCUGAUCUCUUACACAGUAAUGCUCUGCUUUGGUCAGUCACAUUGAAAGAUAGUGUGCCAAUUGCCUCCUUUACAACAUAUAAAUUUAAGAGUCCUUGUUGAAACUGAAACUAUUUGAGUUGUAAGGCAAGCAUUCAUUUCUAUUCUAUUUUUAUGAUGUAUUCUAACCUAUACUGUACAACCAAUGCCAAUUUUGUCACCUUGGAUGUUUCAUAAGCUUGGCAUAAAUAGUGUUAAUAUAACAGUGGAUAUCAUGUUUCUCCUUUAUCAGUGGUUUGAGUAAGUGGAUGCAACACUGUGUUAAUGCUAAUUUAAAAACUCCAUUGUGUAUGUAUCUUAAGGACUGUUAAAAUGAAGUGUGUGUAGGUUUGAUAUUCAUUAACAUUUGAAAUGUACCCUGCAGACAAACAGAGAGACACUGCAGCUUUAAUGGGGGGACACUCAAAAAAUUUUUGUUUAUUCAACCUUUUAAUACGUGGAACAAUCAAGCUGUAUUUUUUUUCAAAGAAAAGAUUUCUUGAGCCUUGCAUGGAUUGUGAGACCUGUCAUUACUAACCUGUUGAAGUUGAUAUUUCAAAGAGAAACAUCGCAUUUGAUGGGCUAUUUAUUUGAGUUCAAACUUACGUCCCAUGUUCAAGGCUGAGAAUUUGGGCUCAUAGAGGCUACACUGUAAUAGAUGCUCAUGACUUCUUUUAGUGUCUAUAUAUCAACCUUUCAUUCUGUGAUCCUCUGCACUGCUGUAGGAGGUCAGUUAGCUCAGUUGGCUGGACAGCUGGUUUGCAAAGUGGAGUGAUACCAACAGUGCGGGUUCAUUGCCUGCACUGGCUCAGGGGACCAUCAAAGUCUACCUUUUCAUCCUGAGGUGUGGUGACUCUCAGAUUAAACUCACAUGAGCUGCCUCAAUGUCUAAUGAGUAAGCAGCUGUUUGAUCCUCAGGACCAAUGGUGACUUCCCCCCUUUUUUAACCUGCACUAUUAAUUUAAAUGUGGAAAAAAACUGAAUUUAUAUUUGUUCAACAAGACAAGUGAAUAUUUUCUUGCUUUGUCUUUUUACCGCUGUACCUCUGUGUCAUUUUAACUUCAGGCCCUUUAAUUAUUACUUCUUUGUGCAAAAUGUUUUGGCUACUUAUAAAGACAUUUUCUUGUAAACAGUGGCUUUCUUUACAGCCCAACUUCACUGCAACCACUCCACCCACCUACCCCCAACUCCUGCCAAAAAUAUGCAAUUGAAAACAUAACCUCUGUCAGUAUGUACAAGGACAAAGUAGUCAUGAAUUUGAAUUGUACAAUUUGAACAGAUUCCCGUCUUUUGAUGGCCUUGUUCCCCAUGGCAGAUUAGUAUUGAGUCAAGUGUAUUGAGGGAAAUUGACUGUUGAAUCUUUUCCUCGUCAAACCCAGAUUAUGAUUUGAGAAGUGUACUUUUAUCAUUUAUGCAUACUCCUGUACAAUGCAGCAGUGAUUAAUUGUAUGUUGGAUUUUCUGAUACGCUUUUUCUGUAUAAUUGCCCUUGUGCUUGUUGAUUUUUGAAUUGCAACCAGAACACUAGUCAUAUGCUACUUGAAUGUGCCACUAUUCUUCAGUCAGUCUGAUCUUUCCGUGUAUGUGGUUAAUUUGACAGCUUCUGCUGUCUGGUGAAACAAAGGAUAGGCAGCUCUUGGCAGUUUUGAACAAUUCGCCGCUAGAACUGGGCAUAUUUAAAUUGCGCAGUUGCCUGAUGCAGGAGGGCUAAUCAAAUUCAUUCAUUGAGUCAAAAGUAACUUUCUAAUUGCAUUACCACAAUAUGAAGAAGUUCUGCAGUCCUCUGUCUUUUUUGGUAGUAGAUCUAAAAUGUCAUUGAUUGCUCAUGGUUGAGUCCUCAGCCUGACUUUGUAUUUAACUUUUAAACUUGUAUUCAACUAUUUUGUCAACUUUACAGUUGUUGGCAUUGGGUAUAAUCCUUGUUGAUCACCAUAGAAAUACCACUUGUCAACCAUGUCAUCAGGUACUAUGUCAGAAUGUUUUAAAAAGUGAAGAUCAAGUCUUGAAAUGUAAGCAAACCAAAAAAAAAGGCAGCCAUGGGUUUUUUUUUUUGAGCAUUCCCCUUCGAGUAUGUUCUGCUGGUGUCUAAGACAUUGUCAAUGUUUAAGCUGUGUUCUGGAUGUACUAUUUACCUCUGUAUACUCAAAGGGAUGAGCAUGCAAUAUGCGAAUAUACUGUUUGGACUUGUAUGCAAAUAACUUUAGCUUGAAGUUGAUAUUGAAAUGAGAUAUCAUUUGAGUGCCUGUUUAUGACUUGAAGGUACAAUGGGCUUGCUGUGACUUGCAGGAUAUGUUGGAAAGGACUGCAGCAUAGUGAACUAUGAACCAGCUCACCUGUCCCCAGUCCCAUCUUGUUUUAUAUUGACAAAAGGAAAUCUUUUUGUGAUGAUAAACAAAAUAGAACUUCUGGUAAGGAGUUUCAAAGACACAUCCUACAAUGUUCAGCUACUUCUUUAUGUUAAAACAGGCACAUAAUUCUGCAUGAUGCUAAUCAACCAAAGCCCAAAGUUUUAUGUAGAUGGCUGGAAAUUUCAAAAACAGAACCAAUACCUUGUCCGUCAUUAACAAUUCCCCACAUCAUCUGUGUAGGAAAACAAUGAUCAAUUGGAUUUAUGAAAUUCCCUUUGUUUUGGCAGUCAAUUCAAAUCAAUUAAAACAUGUUGUCCAAUUUAUUUUUAAAAAGUGUCCCUUGAAUAUGUAAGGUAUUAAAAAAUAAUUUUUAUGUUUUAGAAAGAGAGUUUGGCGUCUCACACCUCAGAGUAAACUAAAAUUAAAGAUGCUCAGGAAACCUACUAUUUUAAAAAUAAAAAUCAGCAAUUCCUAUAUUUUUCUACAGCACUUAGCUGCUUUAUAUCUGAGCCAGAGUACAAACCUUUGCUAAGAUUCAGCAUUCUGUUUGUGAAGACGUCGUCUGAGACAACCUUGCAUCCAGUUUGCCCUCUUUUGUAAUGGGGUUUAUUCUGAAGAGGAAAUUAGAGAUUUCCUCAGGUUGACAACAAGUGAAAGGGGAGAAAUGAAAUGUGCUGACCAGAUUUUUCCAUGGGUCAUACAUAGUAGGUUCACAGUCCAACUUGUAGACAUGUUGAACUGUCUGUCCAGGUGAGUGAUCUUCUAGAUCUUAAUCCAACCUUUGCUACAAUGCCCAUCCUAGCUAUUGGUAGAGAUCUUUAAAAGUACAUUUAAUGUAUCUUUUACCCUCCUUAAAUAAUAGGAAUAUGUGCCAAGUGGUAGCAAGGUAUUCCAGCUGAUCAUUGACUUCAUUCACCAAGUGCAGCACCUCUGGUUUCAGUUUGAAAAGAGAAAGGCACUUCCUAUACAAAUAUUGCCAGAGACAGUGUACGGUAGUUUUCUGAUGAAUUGCUUUUCUAUUGUUAAGAUAAAAUACCACUUGAGUUCAUCUGUAAGUUUAGACCAACUGUUCUCUUAACUGCAGGCAGUUUGAACAAGAGGACACAUUGACCUGGAAUUUUCCUGGAGUGUUUCCCCAUCGCUGUAACAUAAGAAUAGUAUUGUGAUGACUUUUCUUGAGUAGAUUUGUGUGGAAUUGUUUUCCAUGGGUUGUACGCUGGAGUAGUGGUGCAGCGAAUUUCCUCGACCAUUAGCAGCGCUCCUAAGAUCUGUCCAGAGAAGCUGUCACUCAAUGAGAAAACAUGUCUUUCUAUACGAAAGGUCAGUAAAGAUGAGUUCCCAAAACAUAUGUGUUAGCACAAAUCUAGGCAAAAAAUGUAUGCUUGAACCAUCAGUCACCUGACACAGCUUUUUGUGGUUUUCUCCACUUUUAUUAUUGAACUACUAAUUACUGAGAUAUGGACAACAUUUGACCAACAUACUUCCAGUUUCAGUGUAUCAAAAUUGUUUGGAAAGCCCCAACUUUUCACCAAGCCUUCAGAGGACUGAAUGGUUUUACCAAUGGGCAUAUGUCUAAUAAUACAAAAACAUGAGUAAUUGUGACAGGAGGCUGGGAAAGUGACACUCGCUGGCAGAAUUCAGCUCCCACUCGCUGUUACCCCCACCAAUGCUGUUACCUUGCACUUGUUCCUGCUGGUUUUUGCAUUGCUGCCUGGAUGAUCAAACCCAGCAGGAAAUUUGCAUCGGAUUCCAUCAGCAAGGUAGGAACAGAAACCAGCAAAAAAAAAUGUGAACCUCCAUAUCGGUGUGAUUCAGGAAAUUUCCAGGCCAUUAUGAUGCAAUCUGUGAGCGAAUUACGCAUUAACAAGAACUGUGUCAACAGUGAAGUGUAUUUCCCAAAAACCUGCAUUAACUUAAUCAACACAACCCAGGUUAAAUCAAAAAUAUAGAGGAAUUUAAAGCAUUUGUUAUGUCAAACAUAAGUUAAAUUGCUAUGAUCCUUAACAUUGACUCAAAGUUGGUCUUGCCUGCAAAACUGAGUUAUGUCCUUAGACUGAAAUAACGAGGAUAAUGAACGUUUGCUGAUUUGAAGCAUUUCAAAGAAAGUCUUAAAUUCAGCUAAUUUUCUUCAGAAUGGUUUUGCAUGUUAAUAGCAUUUAACUUAUUAAAAAUUCAGUGUAUGCCAGCAAAACUAGCAAAUGGUUCAGUAUAGUUUGUUUAGUCAUUUUUAGUGACGUGAAUUGGGCAACUCGGGAUUAAAAACUCAGUGGAAAAAUUCAUAAUUUUUCUGGUAAGCCUUUUUUCAGCUGUAGUUGUAAAAGUGGACCAGAUCACCCUCUCAUCAACGUUUCUUCUAAUUUUGGAAAACAUUGUCUGUUUUGUUCUAUUAGACUAAUUGAUUGCUGUGGUUGACAGAAGAUAUUGUCUUUGAGAGAAUGCAAAUAGAUGUCAGAGGAGACAUGAACUGCAACUCAGCCAGUGCAAUCUGUUCCCAAAGCUGAAUCUUGACCCUCUAGUCUUUGCAAAAUCACCUAAAAGUAAUGAACACUAAACAAAAUCUGCUUUAAAACUGCCAGAAGAUGGUGCUGCAAGAGCAAAAAGAGUCUUGCCGUUUAAAUCGUUGUCCAUGGAGUUCAUUAGACCUGUUCUUUUCCUAAAUACCUUUUGUAAACCUCCGUACUCUGCUUUAUACAUUAGCACAGACUGAAAUUGUGAAGUUCUGUGUUUGGGAGCGAUGACCAGUGAAAACACCUGCACAAAAUAAUUUCAAAGACCUUCAGUAAAAUAAAUGGCAAUUUGAUAAAAUAUGUUUUUAUAUGGUCAGCCAAAAACCUUCUGAGAAACUUAAUAGAUUAAUAAAAGCAAAAGAUAGUAUCAAGAAAUUAAAUUAGUCUGCUUAACUUAUUGUUCAAUAAUAAUAAAAAAAACAAGGUCUGAAAUUUCCCUUCAAGAUGACUUAUUUGAAAUGGAAUUUCCUAAAAGUGAUGGUAGGACUGUUAAUAGUCCAUUACUGAGAAUCUUUUUAAAAGGUCAUAAUUUUUCUGGUGUUUUGUAAGUCAAUUUUGAGAUCAGCACAGAUGUACGUUUCUCAAUGACCUUUCCAGUACUUAAAUAGGCAAUGAAAUGAUUACUUCUUGCAAUCUGAAAAUCGACAGAGCCUUCUCUUAGUCUACUCAUCCUGAUGUGAUGCUGGUUUCUAACCUUUUACCCAGGCUCACUAUGCUGCAAGUUUCUACUCAUUGACCUUUGAGCAGCUGCCCAAGACCCUGCUCAGUGGCUGUUUGUUCAUCAUAUCCUACUGUUGCUGUAAGAUGUUUGUAAAGAAUUAUUACUGAUUUUAGAAAACAAAUAUAUAUUCAGGUUGCUCACUCUAAUUGUGUGCAAUUAUACUGAUUUAACUCAAUAAAGAGGUAUUUUUCCACAAUGCACCAUCAUGUUGGAUU